GAUCUUGCAGCAACAACAGCAAAAAUAAAAGUUAUCCAAGGUGAAGAUCAGAAAGCUCUGGGUGAUGGGAUGAAUGAAUAUUAUGACUCUCACUAUGAAACAGAAACAGUGGAGAGUAAUAUGGAAUUUGUACAGUUGGGUGCUGUACCCAAAACCCCACUACAGCAAACCAUCUUAAGUACAUUUGCAUCUCCACCUUCAAAGGAUAAAACAUCAGAAAAUAAAACCCAAAGCAAAAAUGUUAAUGAAAGAAACAAAGCUGCAACUCAGACUGCACAAGAUUACUCUGAAAUAGCUGCUCCUCAUGACAACUUAAAUGUUGU